CGCCCGGUCAUGUGAGGGGCGGCGCAUCACGGUGGGAGCGGGAGGUGGGAUGGCGGCGGCUGCCGGCGCUGGUGACCGGACUGGAGCCGAGCUGCCGGACGCCUGCCCCGGCGCGGAUAGCGGGAACGUGUCCCAGAGCCAAAGCAGGGCCUCCGGCCUCGGGGAGGCGGAGGACGAGGAUGUCUCGGAGGCGUCGCUCAGCGCCACCGCCGCCGCCUACUCCGCGUACCUGCUCGCCGACCGCAGCCUCUUCAGCGAGCAGAUAGAAAGCUUAGACAAGAGUCUAGAAGACUUACUGACCAGGGUGGAUGAAUUUGUAGGAAUGCUGGAUAUGAUUAGAAGUGAUUCCUCUCAAGUUGUCAAUGAAAGUAUACCUGAAAUUUACACAAAAGCUACAGAAAUGAGGCAGAUAUAUAGGAAGAUUGACAAACUAGAGGCUUUUGUGAAAAUGAUUGGGAAUAGCGUAGCUGGACUGGAAGAACGGGUCACAAAGGCAGAAACAGACCUUGGAGCUUUUCCCAGCACCUUCAAGAAGCUCUUGCACACAAUCAGCAUGCCAUCCUUCCUUAAUAAAUCGUCUUCCUCACGACAGCAGCAGACCCUCUAUGAACCUCCAGUCCUCUUCAAGACUGAAGACUAUUUUCCAUGUCUUAAUGAAGCACCUUAUUGAUGAUUUUUGCUUUGGGAUUGAUAUGAAUCAGCCAGAAUAGAGAAGCCAAGUGAACAAAAGGAAUGCCAACCUCAGAACAACUGCAUUUUCUAAGCACUAUUGAUGGCAUAUUGCCAUUCUGAUUCUCAUUGUCUUCCUUCAGGCAAUAUUUUCAGGUAAUCUUUGUUUGUGCACAUUAUUUCAAAAGCCUUCCGAAAACACCAUGUAAGUUUUCAGAUUAUUUUGAGGAAGGAAUUUAAGAAUAUUUUUGCAUUACUUUUUUUUAAUACGGAAAUAAUAGGAAACAUACUAUUGUAUAUAAGUUUUUUAACACAUAAAUAUCUGUGCUGCUGCACAUGUAAAUAGCUAUAUUGCAAGCAGGGGGUUUAUUUGUCUUUUUUCAUAAUGUGCUGAUUGAGUUGAAAGAAAAACUAUGCAUUAGGUUUCACAUCCAUUCCAAGGUAUAAGCCUGGUCCCUGCAGUUUGUACAGAGAAAUGCACCAUGUUGGGAUUUACUUGUUGCAGGGGCAGGACUUGGAAGGUCGUCCAGGAAUCAAGGACAUGGCUCAAGCCAUGUGAUGUAGUCCUAGUUCAUAAAGCAAACAUCCUACCCCACUGAUGAUCCUCAGGUCCCAGUGACCCAGACUUGUAAUUAUUGCAUCCUUGUAUUGUUUGAUGUGUAACCAGGUGGACGUGAAAUAAAUUUAUAUAUAGAGAGAUAUAGAUGUAUAAAACCUGCUGUCAAAAGGAACAAGUAUCUAAGUUGGGGAGGGAUGACCCUGGACUGAACUUCAGUCAGGUACCUGACCAGAUUGCUUUUCCUUCACAACUCUCUGUGGAUACUGAGGCUUCCCACGCUGAUUGCAAUUUGUAUUAUCAAUAAACUAAUAGCUGGCUAAC